AUGGCAUCACGUACAUCUGCUGAAUUAUAUGUUGUUCCAUUUCCAUCUUUAUUCGGUGACGACGGAGAUGGUUCACUUACAUAUCCAUAUUCAUCACUACAGCAAGCUCUUGACUAUAUCGAAAAUAAGUAUUAUCAUGGUAUUAAUUUACCACGACGAACAACAAUCUAUUUAUAUCCAACUCAUCAUUUCGUGAAUACUCUUCACUUAAACAGAGCUCAUAGUCGUAUACGAUUAACAACAAUGAAUGCUGAUAUCACUCGUUUUUACGAAGAAUUUGCUGCUCGUGAACAUACACAUCGACGAUUGUCACGGGCAAGUAUUAGUGGUGGAUUACCAAUAACUGAUUGGAUUGCAGUUGGUAAUAAUAUAUAUAAAGCUAUCGUAUCAUCGACAAUGUUUGUUAAUCAAUUAUUCGUUAACAAUCGACGCAUUGUUCGUACACGUAUACCAAUGAAUCAAUCAGAUUAUCUUCAAUAUGACGCGCCAUUAAAAGAUCCGAAUCAAGCACGUUAUGGUUUUCAGUAUGUUCAAGGACAAUUUGAUUCCAUCCCAUUAGAUGAUGCUAUGAUAGUCGUGUAUCAUAGUUGGACUACAUCACAUCAUUAUAUUGAUAAACUUAUUAUGUCGAAUAGAACUAUUUUAUUUACUAAUCCAUCUGCGAGUCCAAUUGGAACAUAUGUUACUCAAGGAAAACGACGAUUUCAUAUUGAAAAUAUCUGUCAAGCACUUAUUUCAAACUCGUUUUGUUUUGUCAAUGCAACAAAAACUGUCUAUCUCAUGACAGAUGGUUCUUACGAUCCGACAACAGCACAAAUCAUUACAUCAAUAAAUGAAUUUGUUGUGUUACUUGCCGGUACUGAUAUUACUAAUCCGAUCGAAAAUAUUAUUAUUGACAAUGUUGCAAUACAACAUAGUGCAUGGAAUAUUGGUCGAACCCAACAAGCAGAUAGUCAAGCAGCCGCAUUUCUCAAUUCUGCUCCACUCUAUAUUGCUAAUGCAACAUCCAUCGUUAUUUCGAAUGUUGAAAUUAGUCAUACUGGUUCAUAUGGAGUAUGGAUUAAAGAAGGAACAACUAAUGUUAAUAUUUUCAACUCAUUAGUUACUGAUACUGGCGCCGGUGGUAUUCGAAUUGGUCAAAUGAUAUCCCCAGUACCGACACCAACUACUUUUAUCAAAAUCAUAUCCAAUGAAGUUAGUUAUGGUGGAAAUAUAUUUCCAAGUGGUGUAGCCGUCAUUAGUCAUCGUGCCAUUGAUGUUAUCAUUGCUGAUAAUAGUAUUCAUCAUCAUCGCUACACAGGUAUAUCUAUAGGAUGGGAAUGGGGUUAUCAAUCGUCUUAUACAAGUAAUAUAUUAAUUCAAGAUAAUUAUAUCUAUAAUAUCGGACAACAUAUUCUAUGUGAUCAAGGUGGUAUUUAUACACUUGGUAUUCAACCAGGAACAAUUAUUACUGGUAAUGUUAUUAAGAACGUAUUUAGCUAUGCUAUUUACAUGUGGGGUAUUUAUCUCGAUGAAGGUACAUCACAGAUCUUAGUCUCUAAUAAUGUUGUAUACAAUACUGGUUGGGCUUCAUUUUUUCAACACUAUGGUGCUAAUAAUACUAUCAUUAAUAAUGUAUUUGCACGUGCAUCACUUAAUCCACCAUCACAACCUGAUGAUGAUAAUCCAGAUGGUGAUAUUCAUAUUGGACUUGCUGAAACUCAUACUUCAUUGACGUUUACACGUAACAUUAUCUACGAUACAUUUCAAGGAGCAAAUCAUUCUGCUUACAAAUCCGAACUCAAGGUAAUUGCACCAUUUAGUAAUAAUGUUUAUUAUAAUCCAUAUGGUACUACAUUACUAUUUGGACCACAACAAACAUCAUUUAUUGAAUGGCAAAAAACAGGACAAGAUAACGAUAGUAUGAUAGCAGAUCCAUUGUUUAUUGGUAAUGUCAAUCAAUGUGAUUUUUUUACCAUUCAAUCUGAUAGUCCUGCAGCAAAACUUGGCUUUGCCAAUAUAACUAAACUUUCAAAAUGGACUCCCGGAUGUGAUACAAAUGAUGACAAUGAUAAUAAUCAAUUUUAUCAUUGGUAA